CUUGACGGCGCUGGCAGCAGUAGCUUCACAGUGGCAGCUCUGCCUCACGGAUUUGCAAAGUUCAUCCCGUUCGAAUUAAACAUGGCUCUCUGGAUGCAAACAUGACUCGUUGAAAUGAACGAAAAUAAGCAAGUUGUUGUUGACGCAACGUGACAGUAUUCGACCGCAUCAUCUUUCGUCGAACUUGGCUCUUGAUCGGUUCUAGCCCGGUCGCUAUUGAGGUGCUGCAGUCAUGACUGACGAGUGCAAGCUGGUAGCAAGCGAGCUGACGAUGCCGUCGUCCACGUCGUCCGAGAUGAAUCUUGCCGAGUGUCGGCCGCAAAAGGAGUUGGUGUACAAUAGAUUCUUACCCUACGCCAGUGAGCUUGAUGCGGAAUCGCGCGUGAUGCUCGCCGAAAUCAAGGCAAACCUGGGACGCGCGGUCAUGCUACGUGAAUUUAAGCCAGGAUGCAUCUUUUGGUUGCAUAGAUUGUCUAUGUAUAUAAAACUGUAUGGGUUGAAGUUUAGUAAAGAGGAUCAUAUAGCGUUUGUGAAAUUAUCGUAUCAACUUAUUACCGUACCAAAUCUGGAUCCUGACCUCAUGUAUCCAGCUUGCGUUAUAUUGAACUUAUUGUUAAAGAAAAAAAAAUUAAUCAGCCCAGACGAAUUAGAACUUCCAUGGAGGCCUUUGUAUGACAUUUUGGCGCGUCAUCUACAUCUUGAUUUACUGAAGAUGAAUCCUCUCCCUGAGUUCUUGCGUUCUGAAUUUGAAUGCACGGUCGUUUACGUAAAGAAUUACUUCCCUUUGAAUGCUACACAAGAAAUACUAGAUGAACUAAGACCAAAGCUCUGUCCUUUCUCUGAAUCACUGCUUCAAAGUCUUAAGAUUUUAAAUCUUAUUUUGCCAUUGCAACUACCUCCUCGUCAUUAUCCUAUCGGACAUCAGUUGUGGUUUGAUGAAUUGAUGACACUGUGGAAGGUAUGCCACAAUGGUUCAACAUGGGAAAACACUAUGUUAUAUUUAAUUGCGGAAUUGGCGGCUUGGAAUAUUGGGUAUAUUGAUUGGGAACCGCAUAUACCCUUAAUGUUUACUAGAUUUAUACGAUACCUAGAACUGCCAGUAACAUAUAAACGGAUACGAAACGACCCAAUUUUUCAUAAAGUAGAAAUGACAUCGAUAACUAGGUGGAUAGUAGCAACCUUGGGAAAUGGCUCGAGCACACAGGUGUAUUUGGAAAAAUUCUUGAAAACUAUAGAAACGUAUUUUUAUUCAGCAAAUUUUGGGAAAUGGAUGCAAAAGUUGAACGAACUCCUUGUCGAACUUCCACGUCAUUUCAUCUCACGUUUACGCGUAGAAAGAUAUGUUAAAAAGACAUGGGAAACUCCAAUUCCCGACAAUUACAAAUUAACCGAUUCUGAUGUUGACGCUUUCGUCAAGUGUAUGUUGCCGGUAACUAUGACAGCUAUGUUUAAUAUGAGUUGUAUAAAGGAUACCCAUCAGGCUUUACAGUAUCUAGCUACUAUGAGACCGAGUUUAGUGAUACCAGACGUGUUUAAGAGAAUGCAAUCUGCAUUUGAUUCUCCGACCCAACCGCAUAAACUUACAGCUUCGAUUAUUUGUAUGGAGGCUGUUGCUAGACCAAUGGUGCAAGGCUCUAGGAAUAUAAAUAAAGGUUACGUUUAUUCGGAAGGACCAACGCACGUGGUGCAGCUGUUACUUUCCUUGCUACCCGGAAUUGAUGCCAAUGACAGCAGAAAAACUUUUGCUACGCUCAGAUUUAUCACCGGUUAUGCCACGCUGAUCUCCAUUGUGGACUCUUCUAAAUCUACCUCGGUUAUGACCGAAGAGGAGAGAACAGUCUGCGAGACAACGUUGUACUUUGAGGACUUUAUAUUACAGUUCCUGGACAGAGUGUUCACGUUUAUAGAAUCCAGCUCGUCGGAGAACGUGCUCGAGAACCGCAGUGAUAACUCGAAGGACAAACUCGAGUCGAUCGCGGAGAAAUUGCUUGCAAGCGUGUGCAUGAGCCUCCUGAGGCAGAUGAGCGAUACGAUUUUCAAGAGUGCUCUGCGCAAGCUGUACACGUUCAUGAUGGAACGGAUCCCCGAGACGAAAGUAGCGGGCCAACUGACGGCGGUCGUAUACAAUAGUUUUUCUCGCUUCAAUGGACGCGAGACUCUGCGCGUGCUAUUGCCCGUGCUCGUGAAAAGAAUUUUAUCGCUGGUCAACGACGAAGACGUUCUGAAGGAGGAGAACUUGGACCAUCGUCUCUUACACGCUAUGCGUAUACUAUCUGCGAUCGUUGACACGCCUGGCAACAAUUUGAUAUUGCAUAUGGAUACGCUGUUCGAUGUCCUCGAUCGCGUUCUACUUUUGAGAUCAACGGACGGCAAUAGACUGGCCUGCUUUUUGUUGAAGCGCAUUUUAACAUCAUUGUCGACAAUCACUCCGUGGCAGUGCAGAUCCAGCGAGAGAGACUACAACGAUCCUAACUACCCUUACUUUAAAGAAUGGGGUCAAGGCGCAGAUCUUGAUAAUUUUCACAUCAACUGGUAUAUUCCCGGCGAAGAAGAAAUCGCAGUCGUACAGCGAAUAUUCUUAAAAUAUUUGACAGUUGAAAUUGAUAAGCUCAAUAGUUACUGCAAAAAUACUAGCAUAUUAAGUAGGGAGGAACUGUUGGCUAGUUUGAACACUGUGUCCAGUAUUGUCAAAGGUUCCGCAUCUGUCCUACCAGUGUGGACGGAAGCACCGCUCGAAUUGGUCAAGUCUUCUGUGAAAUGCAGUAUGUCUACAACGUGCACGUGCGGAAUAAAAGGAUACGUUACGAUGCCGGACGGAAGUAACGUUAGACGUUAUCUUGUCGAAAUCAUGAGCCAAGUCCAACAGGCAAUGCUUAAGAAUGCUGAGGACGACAUAAAGAGUUUCUUUGGACUGAUCCAGAUUUGGACUAGUCUGUUAUUACGAAAGACAAAAUGGCGCAAAUGGCAUGAAUGGCACAAGAUUUUUGGGAAGCUAAAAACGCAAUUUGAUGAUAAAUUGGUGGGAAAUAAGAAUGAUAUAGCCUUGGUGGUGAUCGCUCGCUGUAUCCUUCAACACGAGUUCAGAUUGAAUUCGCAAUCGACGACCACUGUCGCACUUACGGAAACUCAUAAGCGAAUAAUACUACAACUGUUCACUCUGGCUGUGAGCAGGUAUGCGAACGUACGCUUUAAAGCUCAAGCCAGUCUCUUCUCUACCUUUGAAAAUUUUCCAUAUUCUUCUACACUUAUAUUGCCUGAUCUUAUUGAAAUUUUGGGAAAAGAUACCGAGAAGUAUCACGAUGCAUAUAAGGGUGCUCUGUAUAUAUUACUCGGACUGCGCAACAAUCCCAUUGUUGACAGGGAAGGAGAGUUCAACAUCGCAUCACUGUUAUGGCCAGCCCUUGUACUUUCCAAGCCGUCCGAAAAGCUCUCUGUGAUCCGCCUGAAAGAAAACAUCGUGAACUCCAUAAAGCGAAACUUCAAUUUGUGUACGCUCAAAUUGGAAAUAUCCGACGCGUGUUUGAUAGCUGCACGCGCCUUGUGGCAACACUCGCCGCAACCAGCUUUGCCACAGCCUGAUGAAAACGAGAUAGAGGAGGGUGCGCGAAAACUGGAGGGAUUAAAUGAUUCUAAUCUGGCGGCGUACUACAAGUUACUCGGUGAACUUUUACGUUGUAUACUCGAAGAAUCUCUGCAUUGGCGGCACAGAUUAAUGGUGAUGAACUUCAUAAAAAAAUUGGUGCAUCUGGAACACGCUUAUCCCGCGAAAUUGGUGCGUUAUUUCUCGCAAGCGCUUAUACACGAAUCCUUGGAAGAGAGGAAAAUUGCCAUCCAUAUAGUGGGAUUCAUGUUGAAACAGCAAAAGCGAAAACAUGUAAAGGUAACGGUCGACGUGCGCAGUUUGUCCAAGCGCGAAGAGGAGAGCGCACCAGAGGAGGAAAAAUCGCAAAGUGCAAUUGUGCCUGGCAUGAGAGCUGACAAUUCUUGGCUUCAGUAUAAUUACGCAACCCGUCCGUUAACCGCCCAACAGUGGGACGAAUCUAGAUACGUUCAUCAAUUGCACAUAGGUUACUACGCUUGGCCAAAAAUUGUAGAGGUGUACGCACCUUCGUCUCAACAGCCCUGCCUCGACCCGGAAAUCCGCGAGCUAACGGAUUGCGAGAAGGAGAUCCACUCCUUCUUCGAUGACCCACAUAACAUCGAAAAGCUUAUUAAUUAUUUCAGUCUGGAGGAGAAGAUACAAGGAUUCAAUGUACCUAGAUAUCUACUGUUCAAGGGCCUGUUUCGUAAUCACGGGAUUGUUCACUUGAAGCAUUUCCUGCCACAUUUGCAGCGAUUGGUGACGGACAAACACAAAAGUAGCCAACUAUGUGCCGCGGAGAUCACAAGCGGGAUCAUUAGAGGCGCUAAGCACUGGCCGUUUCAGAUGACGUGCGACCUGUGGCAGGCACUAUUGCCCGUCGUAAGAACCGCGGUUGAAAAUAUAGUGGCUGAAACCGUUCCUGGCUGGGCUUAUUGCUUCAAGAUAAUACAAAAAAAUAGAGAUCCCAAUAGGUGUCACUGGCUACUUGAGUGUUUAAUGGAGGAGCCACCACUGAAAGACUCGGUCGAGGAAUGUGGCCGUCUGUACCUGCUACAGUCCAUCUUGAAUUCGCAUACGUGGCGGAUAACGGAACUGAAACAACGUCUGCUGACGCGUUUGGAGAAUCGAUUGCUGACGAGUCCGUUUCAGAAUGUUCGACAUGGUCUGGCAUUGGUGUUGAGCUAUACUAUAUUCUAUACUGAUCUGAGAACCCCGUACCAUGCAACCGACAGCGCGACUCCGCGAAUGCAGACUCUGAUCGAUAAGAUUGUACCGAGAUUGCAGCAACUUGUAAAGAACAUAAACGACGUCAUGAUCAAACCGAGCCUCAAGGAGAAUUUAUUAAAAAAAGUGGCCGACAUUUCGGUUGACGAGCCAAAAAGAGCGAUCGAGCCAACAAGAUCCGAAACGGAACAACAAGAGAUGCUUAUAAGAUUGUUGAAAACCGUUUGCAAAUGGAUUAAAUAUAGCCUGUAUCGUUCGAACUACUCCACAAAGUUAGGAUUUUACGAGAUAUUUCCAAUCGUAUGUCAAUUAGAAAACUGGGAAGCUGACGAAGAGCUUAAAACGUUGUGUUUAAAUACCUCAGCGAGGCUCGCACAUGCAUUUGUGUUGCCAGAGGAUAUGUCGGUAAUACUGGCUACGGUGAAAAUGGUAUCGGAACUUUCAUCGUGGUCCGCUAGGUUCAACAGUUUGGAAUUCCUUAAAGUAUUUGUUUUUCACAAUAUGGGCAUAAUUCUUAGCAACGUAUUGUGGAUUAACUCCGUUGAAGAUAUCGUUUUGCGUCUGUUGGAAGACGACUGUUUAGAAGUCAGAGAGAAAGCUGGUCAAGUACUCGGUGGACUGUUGCACUGCACGUUUAUCACGGAUCAAGAGAAAUUGCUGGAGGUGUUUAAGAGAAAAGCAAAGACCCGAUUGCAAACCAGAAAUAAUUCUAGUGAUCAACACGCAUCAAAAGAGACAUUCAAGAGUGAUGCUAUACGUGUACGCCAUGGUGCCGUGCUUGGACUAUGCGCUUUCAUUAACGCUCAUCCAUAUGAUAUACCCAAAUAUGUACCUUCGAUCUUCGAAUGUCUCAGCCUUCACAUGAAUGAUCCACCACCUAUACCGGUGGCAAUAAAGGACACGUUGAAUGAUUUCAAACGGACGCAUUACGACGAUUUCACAGGAAUUAGAGGCCAUGCCCAAUGCUUGACGGAAGAACAAUUAGCUAUUUUAGACGACUUAGCAGCGCCACCAUCAUACUAUGCUUAAUCAGGGGUGAUUUUACAACACACUAUAACAAUAUGAUGUAUAUGCACAUUUCUAAUGCUAACUCAUGCUAAUUUUGUAUCUAAGAAAUGUAACGUGGUCAUUAAAACCUAAAACAAAUUAAAUGGCAUUUUAGCCUACAUACAUUGGUUAUUUUCAUUAUUUAUAAUUUUACUGAUAAUAUAAUCUGACAAAGUACAAAUACCAUAUUAGGAGAGUCUUGAUUUGAACUACAUUUUCUUGUCGUUGUAAAUGUUACAUCGAGAUAAAAGCAUCAUUAAGUUUCUUCAACAUUUAAGUUUUGGUUAAAUUUGUAUCAAAUGCUUGGUAUGUGCAAAAUGAAAAGUAAACAUUAAGUAUUUGUAAUUUUAUCAUGAGAAAAUAAUUUACUCGUCAGCAAACCAAAUUUGCUUAGGUUAAAGAACUUGAAAGACUCGAACGAGGUAUUAAAUUUUUUUUCGAGUUACAUUCCAUCAUUUUUUAUUUAGACAGUCUAACUAUUUCUUGUUGAUACAUGAUUAUUUUCGACGGUAUAAUUAUCGAUUGGUUGUAAUGGUCACCAAUAAUUGAAGAUACAUAAAAUAAAUCAAUUAUGAAGUAUCUGACAGCGAUGACAUAAAAAAUAUAAUAUAUAAAGUAAAAUAUUCAAUAUUGUUAUCCAAGUAAAAAGUACAUACAAUUUUUUUGUUUUUUCCCCAAAUGUAUUCUUGGCUUAUAUAAGUUUGUUUCGUAAAUACUAUUUUAGCGAUAUCUUUUUAAGUGUUACGACAAAUAAUAUGUUCUAGGUGUCUUAAAUAAUAUAGUAUACUUGGUAUAUUAAUUAUAUAUAUAUAACAAAAUACUGUAAUACGUUGUAUAAAUUAAGUUAUAUGACAAGUUUUUAUGCACAGGAUGACAUUUAUCUAUUUUAUAAUAAAUAUUACUAAAAGACAA